AUGGUCAAACGCGCUAACUCUAAUCGUGUCAAGGCCCAUUUACGGGAACACAACAAGGAGGUGGUGAUCAAGAGGGCACUCACUGAAUACGCAUACGAGCAGGCCAAGCCAGCAAACUCGGGAAAACCAAAAUCUAUUGCAAACAUAGCCAAGGCACAUGGGAUCUCCUACGGUACUCUACAUCGUCAUAUCAAGGGAGGAAAAAGUCGACAGGAAGCACAUGCAUCACAACAGAAACUGACACCAGCGCAAGAAUGGUCCCUUGUGCAGUUCAUAUGUGAAUCAGCCAACAUGGGAUUCCCGUUGACCCACAGGCAGAUUGCAGAAUAUGCGAACGCGGUGCGACAGGCGAUGCACGGGACCGGAUGCAAGGAGGUUGGGAAGACAUGGAUUUUUGCGUUCUUGGAUCGGCACCACGAGCACUUGCAGACCCAUUGGAGCAAGCCACUGGAUUCCCAACGUGCAAAGAGUCUGAAUAAGACAGCAGUGAAGUCGUGGGUCAACUUGGUGAAGAAGUGGGUGGUGGACUCAGGCGUUGCACCGGACUGCAUCUACGGGAUGGACGAAAGCGGGUUUCCAAUGGGAUACACGGGUAAAGAGAGAGUGGUGGGGGGAAGAGGCGUGAAAACACAACACAAGCAGGGUGGAGCAAGCCGGCAGAACAUCACAGUGCUGGUGACAAUACGUGCAGACGGAAAGAUGGUGGUCCCGCCCAUGAUCAUCUUCCCCGGGUCCAAGUUCCAGACCUCAUGGAACAAUGGCAACACUAUUGACGCAUUCAUCUCCCGUUCCCUCAAUGGAUGGACAGACCAAGACCGUGGCUAUGAAUGGCUGACCAAGGUGUUUGACCCCGCUACAAGAGACAAAGCAGAAGGGAGACCCCGAGUGCUCCUGCUCGACGGCCACAGUUCCCACUAUAGCGAGAAGUUCCUUCAGUUUGCUCGCAACAACAACCUCAUACUACUUGGCUAUCCUCCGCAUUGCACACAUGCUCUUCAGGGCUUGGAUGUGGUGUGCUUCUCAAAGAUGAAAGAGUUGUGGAAGCGGGAGAUCACAGCGUUCGAGGAGACAAUGAAGCGUGAUGUGUCGAAGAACGAGUUCUUGACGGUGUGGGCACCAGCGUACAAAGCUACAUUCGAUGAGAAGACGGUCCAGGCAGCAUUCAGGGUCACUGGUGUCGUACCUUUCAACCCAGAAUUUGUCUCCGCCCAGCAGAUGGCACCCAGCCAAUCCACCUCAACUCGCGGCGAGUUCCCCAUGCUCCAACCCAGCCCUGUUUGCCGAAUCACCCAGGCAAUGGCACAUCAUCGGCCCACCCGUCUUGAACGGUCUGCAGACUUGCUUGAAAUAUCCCCACCUUCGACACCAACACGACGUCCUCGUGAUGAAGGCUCUGAGCCCAAAGACGACAACCCAAACCUGUGGACACCAUCAAAGAAGAUGCGGACAUUGUACGCGCACCUGGGUUCGACAUCAACAGGCUCUCUGCUGUUGAGCACACCCAAAGUUACAUCCCGCACAAACCCGAUCCACAAUCCGGUCAUCCAGUCCAUGCCGAUGAGGCUGCCGGCUCCGGAUUGGACUCUUGCAUUGCAAGGUCGAAACAAGAACGGCUGGAAGGCAAGGAAUCAGCUGGAGGUGGAGAUUGAAGAGCUGAAGGCGCACCUGAGACGAGCAGAAGUGCAGUCAGCCGUGAAAGACCGCAUGCUGGAGGAAGCGAAUGCAACCAUGGUCUUGCAGAACAUCACAUUGAAGAAGACCAACGAAGCUCUUCACCAGAGGGAGGAGCGGGCGACAAAUGAACGUGCUCGCAUGUUCAAGGGCCAAGCACAAUGCCUGUCAUCUGACGAGUUUUUCGAGGAAGUGCAGCGGAUGAAUAGAGAGAAACAGGAGAAAGAUGCCGAAAAGUCAAAAAGAAAGGCGGCGCGAAACGAUAGAAAGGCCGCAAAGGCCGCACUAGACAAAGAGUGGGCCCAGAUGAAAGCAGCGCAUGCUGCUGACGUGGAGGCUUGGGGUCGGGAAUGCAAGGAAUUGAUUAAAGGAGGUUCUCGGAAGAAAGACUUACCAGUAAAACCUAAACUUGGGAAGAAACCGCAGCUUCCGCGACUCGAGGACGACACUGACGACGACGACGACGACGACGACGAUGUCGAUCAAGAAGAAGGAGUGUGA